AUGGAAUCCAACAACAACCCAGCCAAGACCGCUGCCUCUCAGGUCGCCCAGACUUCAACCUCGAUCAACGACAUGGACAAAGACCAGACUAUCCUCGCGACUCAGAGGCCAGGACUAACGGAAUCUCGCAAUGCAUACCACGCGCUGGCAAAGGUCAACGAGAUGGAACGCCGAGCCCUUGUGGCGGAGGAUCGGAAUGAGAAGACCGAGUCGACGGAAUGGGUGGAGGACAAGUACAGGGAUAUGGAGAUGAGAGCGUUGGAUGCGGGAAAGAGGAUGUUGGGUGCGGAGAGGAAGUUGGCCGUGCUUGAAGAGGCUCGACUCCAGGGGAAGGUUGAAGAGGCGGCUAAAGUGCAGCCAUUAAUAGGUAUCAUGAUUCCAGCAGGGUCGGGAUAUGGAGGCUGUGACAAGGGGGAGAUAGAGGGAGUUGAGUCAUUCACAGGUUUGCUUCGUCUUCCUUUUGGAAGGGACAUCAGGGUAUAGGAGAAGUAAUAAUGACUACCUACAUGCAUGAAUGACAGCGUUUUUACUUAA